GACCCCCUUCCCACGGUGAGAUGCGAAAAAGACGCGCAACGAUGCGUCAUGUGGCUCCGUGCGCUCCCGUUUAGGUAUGAGUGCUCACUAUAAGGCGAAGCUGCGCGGGGAUGACAGCUGCCCCGCUCACUUCUCCGCUGAGCCCUCAGGAGAGCGGAGGGAGAGGGACUGGAUGGGGACCGCGCAGCCACGCGGACAGCGGGUGUGCUGUGACGGAACAUCUCAGCGACGACGCCACGAACGCGCAGUCGGGAACACGCGGAUUUGGACUUCGGGACGGUUCGCGUAAGUCGAGUGGAGCUCUUCUGUGAGUUACGGCCACAAGUGGACUGAUGCCUGCUAUGGAGGACCUCCUGAGUCAACAUGAGUCUGAUCACUGACGAUCUGACGAACUUGUGGAAAAAUGGUUCCGCGGACCUCGACGGGACUCCGGGACCGGUCUCCCGGGUCAACUUCACCCACGGCUCCAGGGGGAACCACACGGAAGUGGACCUCCGCAGAGCGAUCCCGCUCGGCUUGGUUCUGGGGGCUUUCAUCCUGUUCGCCAUCGCCGGCAACAUCCUCGUCAUCCUCUCGGUUGUGUGCAACAGGCACCUGCGGACCCCGACCAACUACUUCAUCAUUAACUUGGCCAUCGCCGACCUGCUGCUGGGCACCACCGUGCUGCCGGUGUCCGCCACCCUGGAGAUCCUAGACUACUGGGUGUUCGGCAGGAUCUUCUGUGACAUCUGGGCGGCGGUGGACGUGCUCUGCUGCACCGCGUCCAUUAUGAGCCUGUGCGUAAUAUCCAUCGACCGCUACAUCGGCGUGAGCCACCCGCUGCAGUACCCGGGCAUCGUGACGGAGAGGCGGGCCCUGCUGGCCAUGCUCGGCGUGUGGGUGCUGUCGGUGGUCAUCUCCAUCGGACCGCUGCUCGGCUGGAAGCAGCCGCCGUCGCCGGACGACAAAGAGUGCCCCAUCACGGAGGAGCCAUUUUACGCGCUCUUCUCGUCGCUCGGCUCCUUCUACAUCCCGCUCGUCGUCAUCCUCGCCAUGUACUGCCGCGUGUACAUCGUCGCCAAGCGCACCACCAAGAACCUGGAGGCGGGCGUGAUGCGCGAGCGCAUGGACUCCAGCGAGCUGACCCUGAGGAUCCACAAGGGAUCGCAGGUGCACGAGGAGCCCGGCGGCUCCGGCGCCGGCAAGGGGCGCGCGCACCAGGCGCGGAGCUCCCUGACCGUGAAGCUCCUGAAGUUCUCCCGGGAGAAGAAGGCGGCUAAGACUCUGGGAGUUGUGGUGGGCAUGUUUACACUGUGCUGGCUGCCCUUCUUUCUGGCCUUACCCAUAGGGUCUUUUAAUGUGAAUCUGCGCCCACCCGACCCCCUCUUCAAAGUCAUCUUCUGGCUGGGCUACUUCAACAGCUGCCUGAACCCCAUCAUCUACCCCUGCUACAACCGCGAGUUCAAGCUGGCCUUCAUCCGCAUCCUCCGGUGCCAGUGUCACCAGAGGAAGCGUCCGGGCUGGAGGGCGUACAACUACCGCUCCUCCAACUUCAGCUCCUCGGGAAACUCGCGCAAGGGCUCCGCCGAUCACAACUCCAUCUGCCUGAACGGCAGCCAGCGCACGCUGCCGUCCUCGGCCAGUCCCAGUCCCAGCUACCUGAGCAAAGGCCUGCCGCCCUGCCCCGAGGGGGAGGCCAUAUACUUCUGGGGGGCCAGCACCCCGACCCCGUCCACGCCCAACCUGCUGCCCGGCAGCGCCGCCAACCACCAGCAGGGGGCCCUGAAGGCGGGGGUCGGGCAGAAAGCGGCCGAGGAGGCGGCCGGGGGUGUUUUCUCCUUCUCCUUUGGUAAGAAUAGAGACAAGGGAGGGGUCGGCAAAGACGGCGCUGUGCCUGAGGGCAAGCUGUGACUGCCGGGUUCGAAAUGUGAGCUGUGGAAGUCAGCCUCGCUGCGUUCACUGUACAUCGUCAGUCGGUGGAUUGUCAUUAGUUGUCAGUGUGAGGUGGUGAUAUCUGAGUUAUGACUUUGCUGCUGUAUUACAGGUAGUGUGUCCUGUGUUACUGUGUGUGUGUGUGGUCGACAGGAUGAUUCAUUUCAGCAGGGAGUAAACAGUUGAAGAGAGGUCGUGGAAGGAAUGCCCUCUCACCAAUGCAUGCGUUUCAAUUCAACUGAAGCUGAAUUUUAGGACUUGGACCCGGUUUGGGAAAAGAACUCAACGAUCGCGGGUUGUGCUUCGAGCCUUUCUGUAAAACAACCCAUGUCCCAUGGCCUGUAAAAAGGAGCUGAGUCAUGUAAAAUGUUUAACAAGACAAACGGUCACCUUUGUGUUUCAGUCGCUUGGUGUCUUCAUGGUAUGCUGUGGAAAUAAAGUAUAACCCGGUC